AUGUCGGGAUUGGAAACAGCUUCAGCUUGUUUCCAUGCCGAAUGGAUUAAGUUGUUAAUAAAAGAUUGUGAACAAGAAGCUGAAGAAUUUGGUGCCAUAAAGUUGCUGCCACCAAAAGGUCGGGCCAUCUUGUGGAAUUUAUGCAGUGUUCUGGGAUUUCCAUCAUACGGUAUUCCUGGACAAGCCUGUGUGAUAUUUGAACGUUAUUUAUAUACAAUUUUUACGGGUUACACAACGAUUACCGAUCCCAGAUUACAAGCAGAAUUGUUGAAACGGUCUCAGAAGCGAUGUAUAGUAAUGAUGACUGGUUGCAUAUUACUCGCUGCUAAAAUGAACUCUUCCCAAAGUAUACAAAUAAACGCUAACGUAGUCCGACUUUGUCUCUUGUGCAAAGAGUUUCAAAUUCCUAUAUGGAGCGUUGUAGACAUAGCCCUCUUUUUGGCCUCAGAGAUGAAUAUAACUGUAGAAAAAAUGCGUGGAAUUGCAACAAUUGUAGAUAUAUCAGAAUUCUACAAAGUGGAUAUUGAAAUAGAUUUACGCAAGAACACUCAACUGCCACUUCAGUUUCGACGAAAUGGUAACAUCAUCCGUUCGCUACACUUGGCUGCUGGAGCAGUAGCCGCGUCGUCACGGCUCUCUAAUGCUCCAGACUCAUCGGAUAUUCUUACAUACCUUGUCAAAAUCCCUAAAAUUUAUAUACAGUGCCUUUGUGACGCUAUCGUAAAACAAAUCAAUAGCAAUCGUCAACGUCACCAGCCGUUGAUACUUAAACGGAAGAGCAGUUCU